AUGAAACUUACACUAUCGGAAGAGUCCAAGGAGCGCAUCGCGAAGGUCAUCGAUGUUUCACGCAUCGCAAUUCAUUAUGGCUACCUCCCAUUAAUUCUCUACCUUGGUUAUACUCGCAGCGAACCCCGGCCAUCGUUCCUCCGGUAUGCUCCAAACCGCAACACGACUGCUAGCAUGGACUCAUUUGAAAACAGGCUCUUCUCCCCCUUGGGUUAG